AUGGAGGUAGACCCUCAACAAAAUCAAAUAAAUUCGAUGCCGAAACCGGGGAUUUUCUUCGCAUACAAUCCAAAAACCAAUGUUGGUGCAACCCACCAGCUCAAUGUUCCUGGAAACUAUUUUCCCGAUACGACGGACGCUAAAUUCCGACCACCGAAUUUACCUCCGGGUGUAUACCAUUUGAUCGGGAGCGGAAGUCAGGCCAAGGUUAUCGCCGCUUUAAAGAAGGAUGCUUCUGGCAACGACAUGAAAGUAGCUUGUAAGAGAUACGACGUUACAAGCGACGAGGAGUGCAGAUUCAUACUCCGAGAACUACAGAUAGCUCAGUUCCUACAGCAUAAGCAUAUCGCUCGUCUAUACGAAUAUUUCUAUGACGAAAAUUCAGCAGGGAAACUUGAGCACGUUUGGUUGGUCAUGGAACGCGCCAGUAUGAGUCUCGACAAGUUUUUCGACAGCAGAAUAAACGCCGCCAGCCCUAGACCGUACAGUCACGCAAACCUCGAAAGGUUCGUAAACGCACAAAAUCAACACACCACAGACCCUCGAACACCACCAAUCUAUUAUCCACCGGAAGCGCUGCUGGCGCAACCACACUACGAUGCCCGAAUUGACAUCUGGUGCGCGGCGCUGGUGAUGUUGGAGGCGUUUGAAGAACCAAGACCCGGCUAUGCCGCCAAGGCUCACUUCCGAUUGAUGAUGCCUCCUUUGGCGGAAAUACCGGCAGGAGUUGCGGCAGCGAGAACAGCGAUAGAAGGAAUGCAAAACCUAGUCCUUGGCAAGCAUCCAAAUCCCGGGAAACUCGAUGAGCUACUGAGAUGCGUAGUCGAAAAGUGGUGUACCGGCACGAAUCCAGCCGAGACGAUAGGCAAAAACGAGCAAUUCGUGUGUUUGCUGCGGUGGAUGCUUGAGAGAAACCCGGAUCGAAGACCGCAUGCUUCGCAAUGUUUACAGGACCAGUAUCUUGCGGAAGCUGCAAAAGAGAAUUCGCAACCAACGACCACGAUACCGGAUGAGGCCAAGAACACCUUGCACGCAAUUCUGAGGCAGAGCUCGCAGAAUGUUCACGUUCAGCCUAGAACA